AUGGACGAUUGUAUAAUAUUUUUGUGUUUAAGUGAAGUCUCAAGAGACCAAGAUUUGAAAAUUAAUAAAACUUUAUUUAUUUCUUUUCAGAAGAUAAUUUAUAUUCUACUUUUGGUGGCGACGGUCGAAAUACAAUCUAAAGAAUUAGAUCCAGGACCGCAACCAAUCGCAGAAGGAAACUCUCCACAAUCUCCUAUUCACAAACGGUAUGCAACGAAAGAAGUCAUUUUAUAUUUGACACCGAGUCAGAUUAGAGCUUUGCAAACUGGUGAGGGCACCAUUAGUUCUUCAGUUUUGGAUGAAUCCAUAAGGGAACAGGAAUUACAAAAGCAGCAAACAUUGAAACAAAAUGAAGACUUAGUUCGUGAGCAAUUUGAAAACAUAAAAUCUGCUAGAGUAGUUAUACCUGUUUAUGAACAACAAGAAGAGAAUAUCAAAACAGUCUCCGAAAAUCCUAGUAUAAAAGAAGAGGAACCACAGAUUGAUAGUGAAAAGGUAAUUAAUAGUUUACAAGAAUUAAGUCAAUUAAAACAGUAUAGUCCUGAAAUUCAAAGAGAGGCAUGGAUCGCUUAUAACAAAGCAUCAAUUAAAAAACAGAAAGAAAGUUUUAAUGAACAAUUUAAACAGAAAUGGGACAAAAUAUUGGAACUUAAUCGUAGGCAGUUGAAAGUGUUGUCAGAACAAUCAUCGCAAACUAAGAACACCGAAGAAAUAGUAUCAUUAGAAAAACCUAUUUUACAAUUGCAAUAUCCUACUAAAUAUAAUGAUCAGAAAAACGCCAUAGAAAUUGAAAAAUUGAUAAGACAAGAGCAUCAAGAAGAAUUAGAUAGACAAAGCGCAUUAGUGCAAGCUGAAAGCAUUGCAAAAGCUCCUCCAAAGUUAAUUCAACAACAUGUUACUAUUACAAAACAUGUGCCUGUUUACAAACAUGUCAAAGUGCCUGUACCGACACCAGUCUUAGUUCCAAUACCCGAACCAUACAGAGUGAAUGUUCCACACCCAUAUCCAGUUCCUGUGGAGAUUUUUAAACAAAAUCCUGAACCCGUAGGAGCAAGAAAUAAUAAAGAUGAAAAACUAUCUCAUGUUUCUUUAUCGGAGCAAUCUAAAGAAGACAGAUCAUUUAUUGUACAAAAGUAUGUACCAUUUACGUACGAGACUGAAAAUGAAGCACCUGUAGGAAUACCUACACAUAGAACAAAAAAAGUAUCUAUUCUGCGACCCAUUUGGAAACACUAA